UUUUCACCUAUGCAUCUCCACACCCAAAAAUGGCUUUCAAAUUCUCCUCUCACUUCCACAUCACAUGUUUGCUUCUACUUUGUCUCCAUACCCUCUUGCUCAAAGUUGAAUGCUCUACCAAAUUAUAUAUUGUGUACCUUGGUGAGAAGAAGCAUGAAGAUCCCAACCAUGUCACUAAUUCACACCAUGAUAUGCUCACUACUCUUCUUGGAAGCAAAGAAGAGGCUCGUGGAUCGAUUAUUUACAGUUACAAGCAUGGUUUCUCGGGCUUCGCCGCGAUGCUCACCGAAGAUCAAGCAAAGCAACUUGCAGAGUUACCUGAAGUCAUUAGUGUUAAGCCUAGUCGGAAAUAUAAGAUGUCGACGACUCGAAGCUGGGAUUUCCUGGGUUUGGAUUACACGCAUCCGCCCGAACUCCUUACGAAGAGCAAUUACGGUGAAGAUGUGAUCAUCGGUGUCGUCGAUUCCGGUGUGUGGCCCGAAUCUAAGAGCUUCAGCGACGAAGGAUACGGUCCGAUACCGUCGCGAUGGAAAGGAGUGUGCCAGCUAGGAGAGGCAUGGGGGGCGAACAACUGCAGUCGCAAGAUCAUCGGAGCGCGGUUCUACACCGCGGGGGUCGACCCGCAGAAUCUUAAGAUGGAUUAUUUGUCCCCCCGGGACAAGAAAGGGCACGGGACCCACACCGCCUCCACCGCGGCCGGCUCACUAGUGGUAGAAGCAAGUUUCAAUGACCUGGCAAUAGGGUGGGCUAGGGGGGGCGCCCCCCGUGCCCGGUUGGCUAUAUAUAAAGCCACAUGGGGCACCGGUCACGGUCUGGGGGCCGGAAAUAGUGCUACGGUACUGGCCGCGAUUGAUGACGCGAUACAUGAUGGGGUGGACGUGCUGUCGUUGUCUCUUAUAGAGGACGAAGACUCGUUCGGUGCGUUGCAUGCGGUGGAAAAAGGGAUCACGGUCGUUUACGCCGGGGGAAACACCGGCCCCCAGCCGAAAAGUAUAAGAAACACAGCUCCUUGGGUGAUAACGGUUGCUGCGAGCACGAUCGAUCGAUCUUUUCCGACCGUCAUCACGCUCGGAAACAAUCAGAAUCUAGUGGGCCAAUCCAUUUAUCACGAGUCAAAGAACCAAUCAUCAGGGAGCAACUUUAAAGAGCUAGUUUAUGGUGACAUUUGCACCGCUGACGCCCUGAACGGCACGGACAUCACCGGAAAAGUAGUCCUGUGCAUCAGCGACGCACUCGUGGCUCCGCCCGAAAGCUUCUUCUCAAUCGCAGCGUCGAACGUGCGUAACGGUGGCGGCGCCGGCCUUAUUUUCGCCCAGUACACGACAAAUCUCCUCGUGUCGACGGAAAACUGCGGGGCGAUGCCUUGCGUUCUCGUGGACCUCGACAUUGCGUCGCAAAUUGAGAGUUACUUGAUCACUGAAAGUUCACCAACUGUGAUGAUCAAGCCGACUACGAUUACUAUUGGCGAAGAAGUGUUGGCCCCAAAGGUAGCAGCAUUUUCCUCCAGGGGGCCAUCCGUAUACUUCCCUACAGUAAUUAAGCCUGAUAUUGCUGCCCCAGGAGUAAAUAUCUUAGCAGCAUUCCGAAAUUCAUACAUAUUUGGAUCAGGAACAUCAAUGGCUACUCCACAUGUUUCUGGAGUGGUUGCUUUACUAAAAUCCCUGCAUCCUGAUUGGUCUCCUGCAGCCAUAAAAUCAGCACUUGUAACCACCGCAUCGACGACCGACAAGUAUGGCAUGCCUAUCCUAGCGGAGGGGCUGCCUCGCAAGAUCGCCGACCCCUUCGACUACGGAGGCGGGCACAUAAACCCCGAGAGGGCGGCCGACCCGGGUCUUAUCUACGACAUCGACGCGAAAGAUUACUACAAGUUCUACAACUGCACCAUCAAGCAAUUCGAGAUUUGCUCUUCACCACUAAUCCCUGCUUAUUUCCUUAACCUACCCUCCAUUUCCAUCCCUAAUCUAAAAAACACCCCAAUUGAAGUGUGGAGGGCAAUUACCAAUGUGGGCCAAGAGGAUGCAGUGUACAAGGCUAUGAUAAGUGAUCCAGCAGGGGUAAAAUUGGAAUUGGACCCAAAUGUGCUUGUGUUCGAUGCAACUAAGAGAGUUCAUAGUUUUAAAGUGACAUUUGUACCUAAACAUAAAGUUCAAGGGGAUUACACAUUUGGGAGCUUAACAUGGUAUGAUGGUGACAAACACACUGUGAGGAUUCCAAUUGCUGUGAGAAUUAUUGUUCAGGAGUUUUAUGCAGAUACUGAAUAAUAAUUAGAAAGAUUUAAAUUAGAUGAGGUACUGUAUUAAUAAUAAUCAUAUGCAUGUAACCUAAGAUAUAAAUUAUGUGUAGAGGGACAAAAUACAAUAGAGUGCUCUACGUUUGUAUGCAUGCAUUUGCUUGUUUGAUCAAUAAUGUACAAAUUAAUUUUGUGUUUCUAA